AAGAAAAGUGGAAGAAAAUAGCGAAAUUGAUUCAGGGUUGGAAUUCCUUUUGAAUCCACAGCACCGUGGUUGUAGGUUUGUUUUGCCUAUGCUCUUUAUGCUUAGUGCUUACUCUGUUGGCAUUGGCAAACAUAUAUUCAUCUGUUUCUCAAGACACCUUCAGCACCAUCAACAUCAAUAUCGCUUACUCUUUCAUUCCUCCAUUUCCAUGAAUAACCUACGCCAAACUGAAACUCACGUGCAUUACAACCACACUCAUCCCUCCAAAUACGCAAGAUGGACCGCUAGAGAGAGCUUCGAAUUUAUGUAUGCAAGGCCUUGGCAACGAGUAAAUGAUUUUUACUUGAACAUUGUCCGUGCCAACUUGUCUCUGCCACUUCUCUUCGGAGCCCAGACACUUGUUGUUGAUCACAAUGAUACUGGAAUUGCAGCACUUUCUGGUUCAAGUGAGUUGGAAAGUGUUGCAUCUGAGGAUCGCAGUGGGAGGUGGGCAAGGACAACCUUUAAAAUCAUUCUUUCGUAUCACGGGGGUUCAUUUGAUGGGUGGCAAAAGCAGCCAGGCUUGAACACCGUCCAAAGCAUAGUUGAAGGGUCACUUGGUAAAUUUGUUGAUGAAAAGAAAACUCAACUGCUCAAGGACAAAGGUUUGCCUAUUGAAGGUUGUGCUAUUGUUGCUGGUCGUACAGACAAAGGAGUGACAGGCCUUCAACAAGUCUGUUCUUUCUACACUUGGAAGAAGGAUGUUAAACCAAGAGAUAUUGAGGAUGCUAUCAAUCAUGCAGCACCAGGAAAACUUAGGGUCAUAUCAGUUUCUGAGGUGUCACGUGUCUUUCAUCCUAAUUUCUCUGCCAAAUGGAGGCGUUACCUUUAUAUUUUUCCACUCACCAAUGGAGGGUAUACUGACCAAAGUAGUGACAAUGGGGAGUUUUAUGACAGUUUUAAAUAUAAUGAAAUUCAUGAUUCUGCCAGCAAGGAUGAGUUAGAAAACGAAAAGAAAUCCUAUGCGUUCAGCAUAAGCAAGGUAAAUCGGCUUUUGCGAAAAUUAGAAGGAAAAUUGUUAUCCUACAAAAUGUUUGCCCGUGAUACAAAAGCUUCAAGAAAUGAUGGUCCACCAACUGAGUGUUUUGUUUACCAUGCUCGAGCUAUGGAAGUCAAACUGCCUGCAACUGAUCAUGGAGAAGAAACAAAUGUUAUGUGCGUUGAGCUGGUAGCUAAUCGCUUUUUGCGUAAGAUGGUUCGAGUGCUUGUGGCGACCUCAAUUAGAGAAGCUGCUGCUGGUGCUGAAGAUGAUGCAUUGAUAAAGCUCAUGGAUGCCACAUGUAGGCGUGCUACUGCUCCUCCAGCACCCCCUGAUGGUUUAUGUCUAGUUGAUGUAGGCUAUACUGAAUUUGAGCCCCAAAAAUGCUUCAUUCUGAUAGAGUAAAGCUUCGCUGAAGUCGUAGAAAUCUUUCAUUUGAUGGAAACAAGUGGUAAUUAAGCCCAUAUGUCUACUAGGUUCCUAACCAAGUUUAUAGAGUCAGUCACACAUUUGCAGAGUUUAAUCCAGGGCUGCAUUUUUUAUGCAAUAAUAUGCAAUUGGAUCUUCCACUUGUAAUGAUUACGAGUCGCUCCAGCGAUUAAAUUGUAUUAGAUUACUAAAAAUUGGCAUCUUGACUCUCCUUUUCUGUACACCUACAUUUUUAUUUAUUGUUUUCUUAAGCAUGCAGCUGAAAUUAUCGCCUUUUUUAAGUU